CUAGUAUUUUAAUCAAUUUCUGUUGCUCAAGAAGAGUGUCGAUACAGUGACAAAUCUUAUGGCUUGUUCAAGAAAUUGAGCUAACAUAAGGCGCUCUCCUUUUAGAAAUGAAAAGGACGCACUAUGGUCGUGAUUUCAGUCAGUGCUUUCAGUUCCAUAAGGCCUAUAUCGCUUUGUACUCCUAGAUCUACAAUGGAUGAUAAUAUUAAUACAAUCCCCGUUAACAGCUAUUGUUGGCUCGAACUCAUGCAAAUAUAUGACAAAAUAUCGGACUGCGUUUAUAUUUUCAACAAAAUCUACGCUGCACAGAUAUUACUCAUGUUUAGCUCCUGGCUUUUAUCAACGAUGCUUGGGUUUUGUCGAUCUUUAUCUCCAAUUUUUAAACACGCUGAAGCCGUUAAAACUGAUAUGUAUUAUUACAUUUUAAUCAACCUACGACCAUUCGUUAUUAUGAAAAUGAGUGAAUAUUUCACGCAAGAAUGGCAGAAUGCCUUAGUUAUUCUUCAUCACAUUUUACUGCAUGAUAAUAAUAAUCUGAAUCGUGAAUACUACGUCCAGAUAGAAACUUUCAUUAAACUGGUGGAAACUAAGAAGCUAGAGCUGUCUGCUGUGCUGAGCCCCGUCACGUUAGCUGUUGUGGCUGCGUUUGCCGCUCGAGUGAUCUCCUACAGUGUCCUCUUGAUCCAACUUUUUUAUAUUCGUCACUUAUAAAUUGUUGAUCUAUCUCUAUCUAUCUAUUUAUACAGGGUGUAAACAGAACGCUAGCAAAAACUUAUGGUUAAUAUUAUACUACCUAAACACAGUUCAAUGCCAAUAACCAUUUGCCUUAUCUUGUAGUUUUAAUGAUUUAGUACUUUUCGAACCCGCAUGGUACAGCGUGCAAAGCUCGGGUAAAUGCCCCACCUACGACGCGGCAUAGACUUCGAGUGACCUAUUUACGGAAUGUUCGUUGACCUUUAGCGGCAGUCAGAUGUUUUACUUGCAAUGUAUUAUACUUUUAAAAUACAGGAGUUUUUAAAUAUUCUUGUAGUAUUUUUAUGGUAUUUUAUC